AUGCUCGCUCCGCUGCCUCGAAAAUUUCCACACCGCGGCACGCAUGGCGUCUUAGCUUCUGCGCAGAGCGAUGACAAGCUCCCCCGCCACAUUGCACGAUUCCGUGCUCCUGGCACUGCAACCGAGCCGAGCUCGGACAGCGCCCGUAGCAAUUUGCGCGUGGCCUCCGCUUAUCGCUCGACGCGGCCCGUUGCUGCUCCCCACUCGAACAGCAAGGCUGCUCUGCACCCUGGGCUUGCCACCGACCCAAUCUCUCGACGCUCGUUUGCCUGCCUCCGGGUCUACAUAAAGCUCACGCCGUCCGCCUUGGCACUCGCCGAACAUCCCCACCCAUCGUCUGUCAAAGCUACUUCCCGUGCCCAUCUGCCCGCCCGCUUCCGUCCUCAUCUGGCCAUGUCGUCCAAAGCUUCGUCAUCCAACGUCCGUCUGGCGUCCUCGUCGUAUGGCAAGGACCUCGUGCGCAUCUUCCGCAUCGUGCGCGACAGCAAGGACCCCUCGUCGCACCGCGUCGCCGAGUACACGGUGCGAUGCCUGCUCCAUGGCGAGAGCCUCACUCCGUCGUACACCGAGGCCGACAACUCGCCCGUCGUCGCCACGGACACGGUUAAGAACACGCUCAACUACCUCGCCAAAGUGCUGCCAGCGGAGGACGUGCUGUGCCCCGAGCGAUACGCGCUGCACGUCGUCAACCACUUCCUCACUACCUACUCGCACAUCGAAAAGACCGAGGUGGACCUGAUCCAACACAAGUGGACGCGCAUCGUGCUCGACGCCAAGGAUGGCGGCGCGCACAAGCACAGCUUUGUGCGUGACGGCGAGGAGAAGCGCACCGUGCGCGCGCUCGGCGAGCGAGCUGGCAGCGAGAUCCAGGUGACCACGCUCGAGGGCGGCAUCAAGGGUCUGCUCGUGCUCAAGAGCAGCGGCAGCGCCUUCUACGGCUUCCACAGGGACAGCUUCACCACGCUCAAGGAGGUGCGCGACCGCAUCUUCUCCACCGAAGUCGAGUGCUCCUACGCGAUCGCGCUUCCCCAGGGCGGACUCAGCGCCGCGCUCAAGAAGCCGGCUUCGCUGCCCAAGUUCUGCGACAUCCACAACUCGGUCAAGUCGCACGUGCUGCGCGUCUUUGCACUCGACGACUCGGCAAGUGUGCAGGCCACCAUGUACCGCAUGGGCGAGGCCAUCCUCGGCGACGCUGCCAACAAGACGGUCACCGACGUCGCCUUUGCAUUGCCAAACAAGCACUACAUCCCCAUCGACCUCGGCUUCAAGGGCCUCAGCAACCUCGACGAGAAGGACGCCGAAGUCUUCCUGCCCACCGCGCAUCCCAGCGGCUACAUCAAGGCCAAGAUCGCUCGAUCCGCUGCUGCCAAGCUCUGA